UUCUUGUGACGACAGUUCUCGUUCAUGAAUUAAUCAUCAGUCUGUGAUGACCUAACCUUUGUGCUUUCAAAUGAUAAUGAUGUCUAAGUAUUAGUUUAUCGACGUAGGUUUAAAUAUAAACUGAAUAUUAUUCAUCUGAAAUGAUAUAUUUGUUGAUUCAAAAUGGGUUCUGUAUGGAAACGACUUCAACGAGUCAAUAAAAGAGCUGCUAAAUUUCAGUACACUGCUUCUUACCAUGAGUUAACUCUUGAAACAACUUCCAAAUGGAGGCCUAAUAAAUUGAGUAUAGUAUGGACAAGGAGAUCAAGAAGGGUGGUUUCUACCCCCUUACCAUGGGAACCAGAAAUGAGCAACCCAUUAGUUGGCAAAGUCUCUUGGACAGUCCCGGAUAACCAUACUGUAAAUGUUACUUUGUUUAUUGAUUCCCGGACACAAGAAUUAGAAGAUAAAGAUUGGACUUUUGUUAUAGAGGAUGUUGCACCAAAUGGGAAAAGACGAGCUGUUGCUACUCAUAAUCUCAACAUGAAGCAAUAUGCUAGUGUUGAUUCUAAACAACAUACACUAAUUUUAGAUCUCAAGCCUAUCACACGAAAAAUAACGUCCGUCCAAUUAGAAUUAACAUUGAAUUGUGUUCUUCUACGGGAGGGAAAAGCAACAGAUGAAGAUAUGCAGUCUAUUGCAAGUUUGAUGUCAGUGAACAACACUGUUGAAGCUGAUGUUGCACAUCUUGAUGAUUUUGAAGUUGAUGAUAUAACUGACACCGCCGAACUGAUGGAUAUUACACAACAACUUGAUAUGCUCACAAAUAGCUUAACCGGUUCAACGAGUACUCCCAUGAGUGUGCCAUCAUUAUCUGAAGACCGUACCCCAAUUGUAGAACUUAGCAGUAUGCAUGAUUCAUAUAACACACUACCAUUGGAUACUCCCAGUAACAAAACUGAAACCUAUAAUUACAUAAACAGCGCUUUGGAUACAAAUGACAGAAAUCAAUCGACUUAUGAGAAGAAAUCAAGUAUAAGUGAUCUCCCAAGCAAUAUUUUGAUAAAUAAAUCAAGUAGGGAUCAGAAAAAUCAUAGACAAAAUUUACAACCUUUGAAAUUGAUUAAAAGCUAUGAUUAUAAUAAUAAGUCCAAUGAAAAGGGUAAAAGUGAUGUGAUUUUAAAACAGAUGGAUGGAAACAAAUUGCAUGUUACUGUUCCAGAGGACUUCAAUCAAGCAACUCCUGGACAAGAUUUAUUAGAAUGGUGUAAAGAAGUAACAAAAGAUUGCCCAAAUGUUCGGGUGACUAAUUUGACUACAAGUUGGAGAAAUGGUAUAGCAUUUUGUGCUAUAAUACAUCAUUUUAGACCCGAUCUUAUAGACAUGUCUUCUCUCACACCACACGAUGUGAAGAACAAUUGUCGAGUAGCAUUUGAAGCGGCUGAAUCCCUGGGAAUUCCAAGAGUAGUAGAACCCUCUGAUAUGCAUUGUUUAAUGGUACCAGAUAAAUUGGCAGUAAUGACAUAUUUAUAUCAACUCAGAGCCCAUUUUACUGGACACCAACUCGAAGUUCAUCAAAUAGGCCAAACAACCGAUGAAUCAAGUUAUAAAGUAGGCAAGAUUGGCAAGGAUGAUACUGAUGAUAUAUCAGUGCAGUUAUUUAGUCAGGAAAUAAGGAAUUUGAGAAGAAAUAGGAGUGAAGAAAAAUCCAAGGCUGAAAUUGAUCAACACCAAGUGAAAGAAAAGUCUCCUACAUCUGUAAAAGAUGUAAAAGAUCUGAUCUUGGCCAGUUCUAAAAGUAUUCUUGGCAAAGUAUUAUCACCCACUAAGGAAAAACUUUCAGCAUUUGCAACAAAGAUUUCAGAAAGUAAUCAGUUUUCAAAUAAUGAUAAUGCUAAACAAAGCCAGGGUAAUAAUAAAAGUACAUGUGAUAUGACAAAUUCAGAUGUAGUGAUUACAAAACAAUCUGAAGUACUUGAUAACAAGAACAAUAUUGAUAAAAUUACAAAUGUUAAUUCAAAUAAACCACAAUUGAUGACAAGAAGGGAACUUACAGAUCCUUUUGGGUCCGAUGAAGAAGACAAUAUUGACGAAAAUAUAGAUCAAUCUCACAAUAAUGUCACACACAAAAAUAAUGAAGUUGAGAAAGAUGGUUCUGAAUAUAAUCAAAAACAGUCAAAACAGUUUAUGUCACGUCAUGAAGAAUUAAGGGAGAGAGCAAGAAGUUUGCUUGAAAAUGUUAAACGUGAGACUUCAAAAGAGAAAUCUCCUGGGACUGAAACUACGUCUAGUGUUCAGCAAGAAGAUGAUAGACAAGCUCAACUCAGGGAGCGUGCACGUAAAAUUAUUGCUGAAGCACGCACCAAUUCUAUCAGUCCUGUUUCCAAUGCAAAUUCACCAACUAAAAUCAUAACUCUGUCUUCGAGACAUAGUUCACCACAAAAUUUAUCAAACAGAAGUUCCCCACUGAAUGAAGGAAAGGAAAAAAGAAGCAAUUCAGCCAGCAGAAAGUCUAGUAUUGAUUUGGAAAAUAAUAGACAGUCACCAGUGAAAAGCAUUACAGGUGUAGAAAAGAAUGGUAAUUCCCAUUGCAUUCAUUUAGCAGUAUUUAUGACAAAUCAAGUCCUGAUAGAACUGAAGCACCUUCCUAUAUUCAAAUUGAGUUAGAGCUACUGGAAAGGGAGCAAAAUGCAAUAGAUCUGGAAGCCAGUAUUCUUGAGGGACGCUUGAGAAAAGCUAUGGAGUCAGAAAGUGGUGAAUCGGAAGAUGCAUUGAUGUCUCAAUGGUUUACUUUGGUC